GGCUCCCCGACAUCCCCACGAGGAUGAAUCAUCAGAGGGCCGCUCCACGUCUCGCAGCGGGCGUGGGCAGUCGCGGACCGCUGGCACAGUGGACCUGGACGAUGACCUGGAGCGCUGGCGGCGACAGCAUGCGCGCGGCGCCAGCGCAGAAGGGGCCCCUCAUGACGCCUGGGCGGCCGCGGCUGCUCGCGCGGGGCUGCCCCGUGUUGGUGGAGAGAGUGCUCCUCGCCAGCGCCGAGCGCAGGCAUCGUGCACCGGCCUGGCCAGCGACCUGGGCGCACCUCCCGCUCGGCCUGGUGCAUCCGCGGCGGCCUCGAGCGCGCCUCGCGCUCAUGGGGGCAUCCCUGCAGGCAGCGGUGGCGUCUGCGAGCUCGAGCAUGUCAAAGGCCUUCCAGACGGCGCUCGUCGAGAUGGCCCAGCAGAACGACGGCCGCUUCCAGGCGAUGGAGGACCGCAUCGCCCCCAUGGAGGAGAAGAUGGUGCAGGUCGACCAAAUGCAGAGAGAGAUCCAGAAGCUCAAGGAGGAGCUGGUGGUGCUCAACGCGGGCGUCCCCGCGGAGCUCUCGGGCGGCAACUGGGACAGGGCGACGGACACCGCGGUCGUCACGGUCUUCGCCAAGACCGCGCUCUCCAAGCCUGCUGUGGAGCAAGCCCUGGCCCCGCUGGUUGCAGAGGCACAGCUCAACGACCACGUGGUGCUGGAGGGCGACGCGGUCUCGCAGCGCUUCCUCCUCCGUUGCAAGGGCGCGGCAGCACUGGCGGCCCGUCGGGUCAACAAGUUGCUGCAGCUCAUGCGCGUGGGGCAGGGCCAAUGGCGGGAGAUCCAUGCAGCAGCCCCGACGGGCGCGCAAGUCCUCCUCAAUCUGGGUAAGGAUCGGAACCGUCGCCAAGUCAGUCACGAGCUUGCCCUCAAAAGGAUCAAGCAAGGGAUCGAAGGUCUGCUCCCGCACAAGCUCUUCAUGGAGAAGGACGCGGCGGCGCUGUCGCUACAAUGGACGCAACUGCUGCGGGCACAGAUCGAGUCCCCCUCGGCAUGCCCCAAGGCGCUAUGGAAUAUGGCGUGCAUCAGGAAGUUCAAUCUCGACAAGGUCGCGCUGGCGGAGGCGGCAGAGCGCGUGCUGCAACCCGAGGCGCAGUUCGCGUCGUGGAACACCAGGGCCUUCGCCAGCUACCAGCCGAGGCUCAUCAAGAAGAAGCUGCGCUACCUGCGGACGCACUGGCGGGGGCCAGUCGUACUUGGGAUGCAGGAGACGCACGCGGGGUUGGAGACCAUGCAGCAGCUGCUUGGUCGUUCGGCCCGAGAUUGUGUUUGCUUUGCUUCAUCACCAAUCGGGGCUCUUUCUGAUGCGGGCGGGGUAGCCACUGUCUCCCCUGCGCAGACGAGUGGCGACCGCAUCACAUACAUCCCGUUCGACGCUGUCCCUGGCCGCGCUCUCAAGGUGUCGGCCCUCAAGUCAGGCGCUGAGCUCCGCCACUGGAACGUGCACAACCACGGCUUCACAGCGGAGGUGCGCUCUCGUCUUCUUCAACAUAUUCGAGCUGACCUCGCAUGGGCACACGCCGACCCUGCUGCCCGCGCUGUGGUGGUGGUGGGCGACUUCAACUACGGCGACGUCAUGGAGCAGGAGGUGUUCAGCGCACAGCCCCCUGGGCAAGCACCGUCUGGGCCGAGGGCGCACGCCCAGCGGGCCUGGGGGGAGGCGACGCGCCUGGCUGUGGACCUUGCUCCUGCCCGAGCGACGCACUGGCAUCAAGGUCUGCGUCGUGCUUCCAGGAUUGACAAAAUCAUGGUGGGCAUCCCCCGCUGGGCCCUCUGCCAGCUCUGGCAAUCUGCUGCGGUGUGCGGCGAGCCAAGGGAGCUACACAUCAAUGAGGUGAGCGACCACGCGAUGGUCAUCGCAUCGGUUGCGCCGAGGGCGCUGCGGCCCCGCUCGCUGGGCCCCGCCCCCAUCCCAAGAAGGCUGGUCAUGAUGCCGCGCUUCCGCGAGAUCGUGGAGCUCUACUGUGCGGAGGUGAGCUGGGACAAGCUGGCGGCGGCCAAGCUCCUGCAGUCCGAGCUGCUGGCGACGAACGGGGGCGCGAAGGGCCCCAACGCCAUGAUCUGGAGGCAACUGGCCCGUGCCUUCUGGCGCCAGGACGCCGCGCUGGCGAGGGUGGCGAUGGCGCAGAACCCCUGGACGCAUGACGCGGUCGAACUGGGGCCGCUGGGCCAGCCGCACCAGGUGACGCUCAAGGACCCCGCCGAGUUCGAGCGCCGCUACACGUUGGCCCAGCGACGGGAGGCAACUGCAUGCAGGCGGGAGGCUCAGGAGGAAGCCGAGGCGGAGUCGGCGGAGGAGCUGCGCAAGCGCUUGAUCGCGCAAGUUCGUGCUCUCCAGCGGCGUGCACAACUGUGGGCCCCUCGGGGUGCCAGGCAGCACCUGGCCGCGGUGGACCUCCCCCAAGGCGCAGUGACCACGCAAGAGGGCAUGGCGGAGGCGCUGGCGGCGCACUGGAAGCCUGUCUUCGACCCGCCCAAGGACGCAGCCUCCGAGAGGAGGAAGGCGAGGAUGCAGAAGCUUUACCUCGAGCGCUUCGCCACGCCGGCCCCCGAGUGGGACGCGCUCCCUCCGCCUGGCCCUGAGGCUCUGCGCCAGGCAGUGACCCGCGCUAG